CUGCCACUGCUCGUGGUAAUUUCAUAUACAUAUUCAUAAAAUAAUUAUGACAAUCUGUAGGAGUAAUAGUUGCAAUGGAAUGAUUAAUAACAUCUACUAAAUGCUCAUGGUUUGAUGGAUCAGCCAAAAUAUUUCUUGUGCAGAACUUAAUUUUCGAAAAACGAAGGUGUGAUCGAAAGUUACUACACCAGCUCAUGUGACCGUGCCAAAGGUUAGAGGACGAAAUGUUUCUCUUAUUGCAGUAAUAUGUAUAAGCCAGCUCCCCUUGUGACUCAAAUAGUGUACUUUCUCUUUCCACUGAAGGCUCCUAGUUGGAGUUGGGGACCACUGAAGAGAAGGGUGGCCUCACAAACCUGCGGUUUCAUAAUUGAGUUGUGACACUAUUGAGCUGUCUCACAGCUGCGCUCUAUCACAACUGAGCUGUUCGCACUGAACAAGUUUCCUUUUUCACUACACUCCAAAUCGGGGAUUCCUGUUGGUAUUGAUGUCGGCACCACCGACCCUUUGUCGGCGCUGAUUAAGUCAGAGAAGCUGAAGCACAGAUUCCUUUCUCAGAGGAAAGCUGAAAGGGGCAGUAGCAGACGUGCUUGUCCCACCCCUUUCACCCCGAUAACUUGCCGGGGUGCAUGGAGUGCCCUGGGAAAGUGGCUUGCAGAGGCAUGUGUUCAGAAAUACUCCUGCUGCAGGAAAGAGGCAGCAGGUCCAGGCUGCGACCCCUCAGCUUUGAACCAGUGAGACCCCGAGCCUGCAUUCCUCCUGCGUGACACCUGCAGAUGCAGCCAAGUGGGGACCAGUUACCCCCACUCUCCGGAGACAGCCAGACCCCUAGUUCCCGGAAGGCCAUAGGGCGUUGCAGAGGCCUCAACCCGAGAGGGCCCAGGGCAGGGAACGCUGCAGCCAAGACGCCGCUCCCUCGCUGCCAGACGCCCUACUCCGGGAAGGGAACGCGCAGGUCCCGGUACCCGCAGCCUCUCCUGUGCUUGCUGGGAAACGUAGUCCUUCGCAAGGGGCCCUGGGAGCGGGAGGAGGGUGACACGCCCCCGAAGCCACGUGGGCGGUAGUCCCCGCCCAGCCCGGGAUGCAAGGAUCUUCGGCAUCCUCACCCAGCGUCGGCCAGGGUGCUCCAUUCCGGGCUCGUCCUGCUUGCUUCUCACGUCCCCAAGUCCUGCCCCCACCUGUGCGGUGACGAAAAGGCCAAAGCAGCAGCCAGCUGGUGCUGAAGUUCUUGCCAUGCUCACAGUGUGAACGCUGGUGCUAGAGCAGAUGAGCGCUGCACCUGAAGCUGUCACUGCACCAGGUGAGAGCUGCACCUGAAGCUGUCACUGCACCAGGUGAGAGCUGUGCCUGAAGCUGUCACAGCGGUAGGGCUUCUCACCUGUGUGCGUGUGGUGGUGCUGGAUCGGGUUGGAGCUAACAGUGAAAGCCUUACCACACUUGGCACAGGUAUAGGGUGAAAACACUGUUGGUGUUUAACAAGCUCCAAGCAGCGAUCAAAAGCCUCCUCGAACUCUGGGCACUUGUGAGGCAGGAGACCUGAGUGGGAGCGACUGUGUUGGAUGACGUUGUAGCUGAAGCUGAAGCAACAGCCAUGCUCAGAGAAGGAGCUCCCAUCUGCAGCCGCUGUUAGGAAUGUGCCACUUUCGACCUGGCUCCGGGUUCUGAGUAAGUCAGCGCGGACUUCGGUGCCCCGCCACCCCUGGGGGGCGGCCAAGCGAGCCUAAAGGAAAAGGCAGCCGCUGCCUAGGAAACCUUGGGGGCGCGCUAGUCAAGUCACCCGCACUGUACUGAGACUCCAUGGUCACAUGUUUGGGAUCUACAGAGGCACCACCCUAUCUAUCCUAAAACAACCAUGUUAAACUUAGCGUGGACUACAUAUCCCAGCAUGCAUCGCACGCGCCUCCUGGGCUCGCGCGACGAUUAGAUGACCAGUUCCUCAAAGUGCUUUCUGCGACUGUGCAAGAAUCAGAGUACCGGGAUUGAGAACUACAACUUCCGACUUGCUUAAUAACUGCGGGGGCGCUAUUUAAAAAGCGUCAGAGAGGAGGUUCCUCUCUGACACCUCUCUUCCAGUUCCGCUCCCUUGGAUCAGCGGCGAGAAGGGGGGCGGAGCCUUAGGCCUGAGCCAAGAUGGCGGCUGCGAAACCAACCCCCACGGACUCGCUCUCAUUCUGCCUCACGCAGCUCACGGCGGCGGCCGUGGAGGGUCUAGGUGGGGGAAAGGACACAGCUACCAACGAGACACCCUUAGGCCGUGCGCUCUUAGCCCUCCGCACGCGCCACGUAAAGGCAGCGGGGGGAAUCGAGCGCUUCCGGACACGCGGCGGGCUCCUCCCCCUUCUCGCGCUGCUACGGCGAGCGUCUGCAGCGGUUCCCGCCCCGUCCCAGGCUGGCCCAGGCUCCGCCCCCUCGUCGGUGGAGUCAGCGGCUUCUGCUGGCCCCGCCCCCUCGUCGGGUCCCACCCCCUCCGUUGCGUCCUCGUCGACGGCCUCGCUGCCAGCGCGCCUGCGCAAGACCCUGGACCUGGCGCUUAGCAUACUGGCCGACUGCUGUACGGAAGGGGCGUGCCGGGCUGAAGUGCGCAGACUCGGAGGCAUUCUCCCUUUGGUGACUAUUCUUCAGUGUGUGAAGAUCGACAGCAUCCAGAACCGAACAGCCCGUGCUCUGGGCAACUUAGCCAUGGAAUCUGAGAGCUGCAGGGCCAUCCAUUCUGCUGGCGCUGUCCCCCUGCUGGUGGAGAGCCUGGUGGCCUGCCAGGACUCUCAGUGCCUACAGACUAUGGUUCGCACAAUCCGCAACCUGGCAGACUCACCGCAGCACCGCCUGGCGCUGGCACAGCAGGGAGCAGUGCGCCCGCUGGCCGAGCUUCUGGCGGCUACCCCAGACCCUGCACUGACCUUGGCCCUGGUCCGUGCCCUCCUGGAGCUGAGUCGAGGCUGCUCCCGGGCCUGUGCUGAGCAACUGAGUUUGGGUGGUGGGCUCAGCCCACUGGUCAGCCUGGCUUCCCACCCUAAAAAGGCGGUACGCGAGGCAGCCAUCCUGAUCCUUGCCAACCUGUGUGCCCAGGGCCUGGUACGGCCUGCACUGGGCAAUGCUGGUGGUGUGGAGGUGCUGCUGGGUGAGCUCCAGCGGCGCCGGGGCCCCAGUGCGGCUGGCCCAGCCUCCCAGCAGCCCCUGGUGCGGGCUGUGUGUCUGCUGUGCCGGGAGGCCAUCAACCGGGCCCGGCUGCGGGAUGCUGGUGGUUUGGAGUUGCUGAUGAGCCUGUUGCGGGACCCUCGUGCCAGCGCCUGGCACCCUCGUGUCGUGGCCGCCCUCGUGGGCUUCCUCUAUGAUACGGGGGCCCUGGGCAGGCUCCAGGCUCUGGGACUCGUACCGCUCUUGGCCGGGCAGCUGUGUGGCGAGGCUGGUGAUGACGAAGAAGAGGGAAGAGAAGCUGCUUCCUGGGACUUCCCUGAGGAGCAGACGCCUGAGCGAGUGGAAGCUGGAAGCUUCCGAAGCCUCAGGUCGUGGCUGAUAUCUGAGGGAUACGCCACAGGCCCGGGAGACACCUCUCCGGACUGGUCGCCGGAGCGCUGCCCGCUGCCUCCACCGCCUGAGCCCGCCGAACGGACCAGCCCUGACCCUGGCCCAGCCUCGCUGCGGCCCCCGCGAGCCCUGCGCACGCCAGGCCGCAGCCUUGCUGCUCCUGAGGAGCCGUGGGGCCGCGAGGGGCCCGCGCUGCUGCUCUUGUCGCGCUUCUCCCAGGCUCCAGACCCCAGCGGGGCGCUGGUGACCGGCCCGGCCCUGUGCGGCCUGCUGGCCUACGUGACGGGCGCGCCGGGCCCUCCGAGCCCGCGCGCACUGAGGAUCCUGGCGCGCCUCACCUGUAACCCUGCUUGCCUGGAGGCCUUCGUGCGCAGCUACGGGGCCGCGCUGCUGCGCUCCUGGCUCGUGCUCGGGGUAGCCCCGGACGACUGGCCCACGCUGCGUGCCCGGCCCCCCAGUCGCCACAGCCAGCACCGGGAGCUGGGUGAGAUGCUGCUGCAGAACCUGACCGUGCAGGCUGAGUCGCCCUUCGGGGUGGGUGCCCUCACUCACCUGCUGCUCUCCGGGAGCCCCGAGGACCGAGUGGCUUGUGCGCUGACCCUGCCCUUCAUCUGCCGGAAGCCGUCUCUGUGGCGCCGGCUGCUUCUGGACCAGGGCGGCCUACGUGUCCUCCUGUCGGCGCUGACGCUGCCAGCCCCACACCCGCUCUUCCUCUUCUUCGCGGCGGACUCCCUGUUCUGCCUGCAAAGCCUGGUGUCGCCCACUGCAACCCCAGCCUCCCCACCGGCAGUCCCGGGGGACCCAGAGGUGCCCUCCCCUUGCCUCUAUGAGCCUCUGCUGGGCCCAGCGCCCACCCCAGCCCCUGACCUGCAUUUCCUGCUCGACUCUGGCCUGCGGCUGCCUGCCCAGCGAGCUGCCUCUUCAACAGCAUCCCCUUUCUUCCGAGCCCUGCUGGAUGGCAGCUUUGCCGAAGCCCAGAUGGACCUGGUACCGCUUCGAGGUCUGUCACCCAGCGCGGCCUGGCCUAUCCUGCAUCACCUGCAUGGCUGCCGGGGCUGUGGGGCAUCCCUGGGGCCCAUUCCCCCGCCAGGCCAGCCCCUGCUGGGCUCCGAAGCUGAAGAGGCGCUGGAGGCUGCUGGCCGUUUCCUGCUGCCUGGGCUGGAGGAGGAGCUGGAAGAGGCCGUGGGCCACGUCCACCUGGGACCUCAGAGUGGCCCAGCGUCCGUGGGUGAGGUGUUCCGCCUGGGCCGGCCCCGGCUGGCUGCUCACUGUGCCCGCUGGACACUGGGGCCAGAGCAGUGUCCGCGGAAGCGCGCCCUGGCUCUGCUGGGGCUUGUGGAGGCAGCAGGCAAGGAGACUGGUCCCCUGACUGAAGCUUUACUGGCCGUGGUGAUGGGGGGUGAGUCUGGGGGUAAGGGUCCCAGUGUAGACUGUUGAUGUCCCCUCGGAGGGGACCCAAAGAUGAGAUGGCUGUGAAGGUGGCCUCCCUCAGAGAGGCUGGGCGAGGAGGCUGAGCAGAAGGGGCCACCGCGGACAGGAGAGGGUGGCCCUCGACCCCAGGAUGAUGGGCUGACGACUCAAGAGUGAGAAGCCAAGGCCGGGGUCUGGCCUGGGGCCCAUGAGACGGAGAAGAGCCCAGGGCCCCGGGCCUGGCCCAGCACCUGGAGUGGGAUUAAACUUUGGAAGUGGAAACCCUACUGUGUGUUGUCUCUGUUUACUUUCUCUUGGGGGUCUCCUCGCACCCUCACCCA